GUCUGAUAUACCAUGGCUUUCAACCAAUCAGCAUUCAGGGCUCGAACCACCGAGUUUAUAACAAUGUAUAUAUCACUAGGAGGAGGAGAAGGGUAGGAGGGAGCAGCUGGAGCCUCUGUCUGAGGAGCAGGAGCUGGAGGAGUUGAGGAGUCAGGUGCUGCAGCUCCUCCUGGAGUUAGAAGGGGCCAGGGAGAUAUCCAACAAACACCAGGAGGCUUUCCACGAGCUGCAGGGUCUAUUGGAGGAUGAGCGUUUGACCAGUGCUCAUCAGGCAGAAGCCUUCUCACGACAGGUCCACAACCUGCAAGCCCAGUUGCGUUCGGUACAGGAGGAGAUUGACUCUCUGGAGGAGGAGAAAAAGAGCGAACUGACUGAGGCCCAGGAGGAGCUACGCCUGGCCCAGGAGGAGGUGCUACUGCUGCAGCAGGCGGCGGAGGAGUCGGCGGCUGAGAGGGAGAACGACAUUGCCUCCCUACAGGAGGAGCUUUGUCGCCAUCAGGCCGAGCUGGGGAGGCUCAACGAGGAGACACAGGAGUACGAGCUGGAGAUCACCACGCUCCGUGCCGAGAUCAGCAUGAAGAGUCAGAGGAGAGAGGAGGAGAGGAGAGAAGGAGACAUAGAAACACUGAAGCAGGAGUGUGUCACGUUGAGGGAGGAGUGUGAGACAUUGAAGAAUGACAACCGACGUCUGACUGAGAGACUACAGCUACAGAGGACAGGUUCCAACAGCCACCUGUCCCUGAAGGAGGAUGGGGAGGACACCGGGAUCGGAGUGGGCACAGAGAUGGGGGGCAUGGCUGAGAGCUACAUGACCAUGGCAGACUGCCAGUCAACGGGCACAGGCACCAACUGCCGCCUGAAGGACGUGUCCAUUCAGAAGAACAUCUCGUUCGACGGGAAGCCCAUGACCCCCACCGGCUGGAAUGGAGGAUUUGGGGAGAUCGUCUCACUGAAGGACCAGCUAAAACAAGCUGAGGAGAAGGCCUCACUGGUACAGAGACAGUGUGACGGUUUGAAGACCGAGCUGAGGGAGCUACAGGUGCUAUAUGACUGCAGCCAGAGGGAGAGGGCGGGGAUGGAGGAGGAGCUACUGCGCUGCAAGGCUGAGUUGGAGCGGCUGGCUGGAGGGGGGCAGAGCUAUAUCCAUUCGUCUGAGUCUCCUGUUCUCUCCAUCCCCUUCAUAGGAAUAAUUGUAAUAUUGGGAGUGGUUUGGUGCUGGUUGUCCGAGCUGGCGUCACAGAAAGCAAGGGGUGGGAUAUAGAAUGGAACCCUAUUCUGACUGUCACCGCGGCAACAGCUGUGCUUCUGAUCGUGGCUAGCUUGUUGAGAGGCCCGAUGUUGAGCAGAUCAGUAACAAGUUAUACCGACAAAGACGGUAAUGUCUGCUUAUAGACAACUACCCUCCAUCCCCACCCCCUUAUCACAUCGAUCUGCGACGAACAACAGAUCACACGCCAUUCCUCUAAUUCAUCGCUAGGAAGAGGAUAUUUAGAUGACAACUGUUCAAAAAACAGGAGGAUCUUGAAAAGGAAAACUUCAGAAAACAGGAGAUAAGAGUGCUCAUAGUUCUGAUGGAAAAGAUGGACUCCUUUUCUCUCCUGUUCUGGGGGACACAGGUCUUCGUGAAGCUGAGAACAUAGUGUGGAUACUUACAUUUAAUUGGAUAGUACCUUCCCGCAUAAAUCUAGCUGGUUCUGUCCCUGUGGCAUCUCAUUCUGUCCCUCUCUCUCUGUCUGUCUCACGGGUCUUGACUAUGGGACUCAAUUGGUCAUGAGUUUAAAUGUCUUAUACUACUCUUAUACAACUCUCAUCUUGUAUUUUACUAAAUGUAUUUAUUAAUAUGUUAAUUGAUUGGUCAUCUUUUAACAAGAAUCACCUCUGCACCUUGCACAUUUGCUGAAUUAAAACCCUUAAAUAAAUAAAUGAGGUUAAAUAAAUAAAUAAAAUCCAUAUGAUGUUGUAAAUAAGUCCUAGUAGAAUCCUUCUGAAAAUAUAAUUAUAUCUACACGUGUAAUUCAUUAUUUAAAGGAAUAUGUCGAAUACAUGAAAUAAUUUAAUGUCUGUGCCCGUGUUUUGUGAAUAGCUCAAACCAUGGGGAUUUUUCUCAAUUAGAAUUAAAUUAAUAAUGAAGACCUAGUAUAGAGUUCUAGUCUAGAGCGACAGAUGCUUUCCCCCAAUUUUUUUUUAAAGGCAAUAGUUAAUUUAUAAAGCAUACGCUCUAAAAUAUUUACUCAUCAAUUUACAUUUACUGAAAAAUCCAAUGAUCAUUCCAGAUGUCCUACCUACAGUGAAUCUGUUAUUAGUGAGGAUGUUUAAUCUGGGUUUUCAGAGUUGUGUAAAUGCCUAUUUGUUAUGGUGUCCUCAUUAAAGGGGGAAGUGUAUGGGAGAUAUGUGUGCUAGUCUAGCAGCUGUCCUAAUGCAGCUGUCAAUCCUAGCCCGGUGUUUCAAGUCUAUGUUUAACCAACCAUCUCACCCACAUACGAGUGUCCUAGCUAUUUUUGUCCAGUCACAGUCACUUCUUUUAUUUACUGAACUUAACUUAGUGCACCGUCAGACAGACUUGGGUUGAAAUACCAGUCUGAAAUCAUUUCAAAUACCUUAUCUGUGUUUGAUUGAGCUUCCUGAUUUAAUGGACCAAAAUAAUAGUCCCCAAACUGGAAACCCCACCCAUUUGUCACUCCAGGCAGUCUAAAGAAAACACUCAAAGCAUUUGAAAGAGUAGGACAUAGUAUUUGAAGCCAGGUGUGCCGUGGGUAAAGCAUGCAUGGCUUCUGCCUGCGUUGUCAUACAGUGACUGUAUAAUUAACCACCCAAAUAUGUCAACCACAGUUAGCACGCCCUGCCUGUAUUUUCUUCUUCUUCCACAUCCCAGACUACAUGAGUCAGCUCUCAUGCCAAGCACGGCCACACUGUCCCUGAUAUGCCUUUGAUGAGUUCACCAGUUCACCCGUGAAGUCUGGGCCCAUAUUUUUUUUUUUAAAGAGUCUCAUAGUAGGAGUUCUGAUCUUGGAUCAGUUUGGACUUUGGGAUCAUA